GCCCGCCCCCGGGGCGUUACCACGGCAACAAGACUGAAGGGAGCGGCGGAGCCGGGAAGAGAGCUGAGUGAGAGCUCCAGCGGAAGGCUGGCUAGCAAAGCCACCAGGCAACAUGCCUCCACCGCCAGAUAUAGUGAAGGUAGCCAUUGAGUGGCCUGGAGCUAAUGCCCAGCUGAUUGAAAUAGACCAGAAACGGCCUCUGGCAUCGAUUAUCAAGGAGGUGUGUGAUGGGUGGUCGUUACCAAACCCAGAAUUUUAUGCCUUUCGCUAUGCAGAUGGGCCCCAACUGUACAUCACUGAGCAGACUCGAGGAGACAUAAAGAAUGGAACCAUUUUACGCCUGGCUGUGUCGCCGUCCCGUGCAGCCCGCCAGCUCCUGGAGAGGAUACAGUGCUCCAGCAUGGACUCCAGGCUAGAUGCAAUGAAGGAACUGGCUAAGCUCUCUGCAGACACUACUUUUGCUACCGAGUUCAUUAAUAUGGAUGGAGUGACUGUUCUCACCCGACUGGUUGAAGGAGGCACAAAGCUCUUGUCACAUUACAGCGAAAUGUUGGCCUUCACAUUGACAGCCUUCUUGGAGUUGAUGGAUCAUGGGAUAGUCUCUUGGGACAUGGUCUCUCUAACCUUUAUAAAACAGAUCUGCGGCUAUGUAUCCCAGCAGUCAGUGGAUGUCUCUAUUCUGCAGCGAUCUUUGGCUAUAUUAGAGAGCAUGGUAUUAAACAGCCAGGCUCUAUACCACAAAAUCGCAGAGGAAAUCACCGUUGGCCAACUAAUCUGCCACCUGCAAGUCUCUAACCAGGAAAUCCAGACUUACGCCAUCGCCCUGAUUAACGCUCUUUUUCUGAAGGCGCCAGAGGAAAAGCGGCAGGAGAAGCCCCAGAAUCUCAUGGAAGUUCCUGUUAGUGAAAUGGCAAACAUCUUUGUACAGAAGCACCUCCGAUCCAUUAUCCUCAAUCAUAUUAUCCGAGGAAAUCGACCAAUUAAGACAGAGAUGGCGCAUCAGCUGUACGUGCUGCAGGUGCUAACCUUUAACCUCCUGGAAGAACGGAUAAUGACUAAAAUGGACCCCAAUGACCAGGCGCAGAGAGACAUCAUAUUUGAGCUGAGAAGAAUUGCCUUUGAUGCGGAGUCUGAUGGGAGUGGUGUGUCUGGCAGCGGCACUGAAAAAAGAAAGGCUAUGUACAGCAAGGACUACAAGAUGCUGGGCUUCACUAAUCAUGUCAACCCAGCGAUGGAUUUCAUUCAGACGCCCCCUGGCAUGCUGGCCCUGGACAACAUGCUGUAUCUGGCAAAGUUUCAUCAGGACACCUACGUUAGGAUUGUCCUGGAGAACAGCAGUAGAGAAGAUAAGCAUGAAUGUCCAUUUGGGCGCAGCGCCAUAGAACUGACCAAAAUGUUAUGUGAAAUUCUGCAGGUUGGAGAACUGCCUAAUGAAGGUCGUAAUGAUUAUCACCCCAUGUUCUUCACCCACGAGAGGGCGUUUGAGGAGUUUUUCUGUAUCUGCAUCCAGUUGCUUAAUAAGACCUGGAAAGAGAUGAGAGCCACCGCGGAGGAUUUUAAUAAGGUAAUGCAGGUAGUAAGGGAGCAGAUUACCCGAGCUCUGCCCUCAAAACCCAACUCUUUGGAGCAACUGAAAAACAAACUUCGUAGCUUGAGUUACACAGAAAUUCUUCGCCUGCGUCAGUCUGAGAGACUGAGCCAGGAUGACUUCCAGUCUCCACCCAUUGUAGAAUUGCGGGAGAAAAUCCAGCCUGAAAUUAUGGAGCUAAUCAAACAGCAGCGGCUAAACCGUUUAUGUGAAGGAAGCAGCUUCCGCAAGAUCGGCAACCGCCGGAGGCAAGAGAGGUUUUGGUUCUGCCGUUUGGCCUUAAAUCAUAAGGUUCUGCACUAUGGAGACUUGGAGGAGAACGCACAAGGGGAGGUGCCCUAUGAAUCACUGCAGGAGAAGAUCCCUGUUGCUGAUAUUAAGGCUGUGCUCACUGGAAAGGACUGCCCGCACAUGAAGGAGAAGAGUGCCCUGAAGCAGAAUAAGGAGGUGUUGGAAUUGGCCUUUUCCAUAUUGUACGAUCCAGACGAGACAUUGAACUUUAUUGCACCAAAUAAAUAUGAGUACUGCAUCUGGAUUGAUGGAGUGAAUGCUCUCCUGGGGAGAGAGAUGACCAGCGAGCUGACCCGCAGUGACAUGGACACUUUGCUCAGUAUGGAGAUGAAGCUGCGUCUGCUGGAUCUGGAGAACAUACAGAUUCCUGAGGUGCCUCCUCCAAUCCCCAAAGAGCCCAGCAGUUAUGACUUUGUCUACCACUAUGGCUGAUCUGGAGCGCAACAUGGAGGACAUAAACCCACAGUAACGUGGGGAGACACCUCUCAUUAACAAGCUGUAUAACAAGCCAGGUCUGCCCUGAGGGAGGGGGGCUCAUGUAUUACAGAAUCAUGCCUACCACCCAGUCCUCAGAAGAGUUGCAGCUCUCGGGAACAGCAUUGAGGGUCUCCCAUGAUUUUCCAGCUGCCCUCUUUCUCCAGCUUCAUUUUUUUUACUAGGUACUGAAGGAGGCUGCUUAUUCUAUGGUCAGUAUGGUCCAAAUCGGUUCAAUUCCAUAUUUGCCUUAUUGUUAGAGAUUGCUUAUCCAAUCAGAUUGCUGCUUACUACCAUCCCCUCCAGAAUGGAGUGCGGCACAAUCACAGGCAUUUGUGCACAACGCGCUACGUAAAAGCACAAUCGGUUCUCUUCCUCCAUUUAGCCAGGGAGGCGUCUGGUUUUGCCCCUCUUUCCGCAAGACUGGUCCAGACGGGGAGGACUUCAUUUACUUAUGUACAAAAGCCUUCUUGACGUGGUACGAAUGUCGUCCCAUAUAACUGUAAGUGACCACAGGGAGGGGGCAUUUGAAUGUUAGGGAUAUGUGAAGGUACAGAAGGCUGACAUCCAAAAUAAUAUGUAAUGUUACUAAUAAAUAAUUGACUGACA